GCUGAGCGGUUCGGCGGUCGCUCGCUUAUCGAAAGUGUCGCUAUUUCAAAAGAUCGAAAGAAUUGAAAAAUAAUUUCGACCACAGAAGAAAACGUUUUAUUUAAAGAUACAAAUCUUGUUGUUUUCAUUUCUCAAACUGCUGGGCAAAGUGUUUCGUUAGAUAAGGAUAUACAAAUUGAAGAAAUUCGCCAAAAAAAAACAUUUGUGACGAAACGACAUAAUUGGAUUGUUGUUGAUUGUUUUUUUUUUUUUAUUAUUGUUGUUGUUACUAUUUUGUUUCGCGUGAUAAGUGAUAUGGAUGAAUGAUUAACCCCAGCAAUAUGAACAGGCCCAAUUAAAUGCGAAAAAAUGUCUAAUCCAUGUCUGGAAAUGUUUGUGUUAAUAAUAGUUGGAAUUAUUCUACAAUCAACUGGCAGCAGAAGCAGCAGCAAUAAUAUUGGUAGUAGCAGCAGUCUCAAUGGCCAACAGCUGAUGGCCAAUUCGAAUGGAUUACAAUGCCAACGAAUUGCGGUCUCGGCCUGCCAGGGAUUGGGCUACAAUAUGACCGCAUUACCCAAUUUGGCUGGACAUACCAAUCAGCUGGAAGCUGAACUUCAGAUUGCCAAAUUGCUGCCUUUGAUCGAAUCGGGAUGCUCGCGUCGAGCACGAUUUCUACUCUGUUCGGCAUUAUUUCCGCUUUGUACGCCCGAUGUGCCACGCCCAGUUACAGCCUGUAAGUCGCUAUGCGAAACGGUGAAGAGUGAAUGUGCUGUCCAAGCGUCGCCCGAGUUGAUGGAAUUGUGGCCACAAUUUCUGACCUGCGAAACCCUGCCGCAGCCGGAGAAGCACGAAUUAUGCAUGCAGAUACCACAACAAGAGGAGCAGAGGGAAAAGGCGAGAGAAAUGGAAAAGGAGAAGGAGCGAGAAAAGGAGGAGACACAGGAUGCAGCAGCCGUAGCUGGGGGAGUGAUUGGAGUUCAAGCCGCCCAGCCGUAUUGGUCCAAUUGGUUGGCCUGGAAAAUGUCCGCAGAUCAAAUCUCUGGCAGCUCAAAUCAUCCUCUAACGGGAAGCAGCAUCACUAGCAUCUCUAGCAACAAUGCCAUUUGUCCACAGAAUUUCACAAUCAAUCCGCUCAACGCCCAGGAAUGUCUACCUCAGUGCCAGCGCGAUGCCUUCCAUACAAGCCAGCAAAAGAAGCUAACGGAGAGCUUUAUAUUGGGCCUAUCGGCAAUAUGUUUUGUUCUCACCCUGUUCGCCUUGGUCACAUUCUGGGCGGAACCGCGACGAUUCGGCUAUCCAGAACGUCCUGUGUUGUUCCUGUGUCUGUGCUACAAUCUGUUUAGCAUCUGCUACUUGGAGAGAAUAGUCUUUCACAAUCAGUCGAGAAGUCGUGCCAUCUACGAACCGAUAUCCACAGUCUGUACUCUACUCUCGCCACCCUGUCUGGCUUCAUAUAUUAGCACGUCAUAUCUGAGUUUAUGCGCCGCCACUUGGUGGCUAAUAUUCGCCCUCUGUUUCUAUCUGUCGUCGCACAAGAAAUGGUCGAGCGAGGCAUUGGAAAAGCAUUCGGGACUAUUUCAUGUGCUUGCCUGGGUGCCACCGUUGGCACCACCAAUAGCUGCUCUCCUGCUGGAGAAGGUGCAUCCCAGCGAAUUGACUGGCAUGUGCAUGGCACCAGGAUUCGUGGAGGUGCCAGCACUAAUCCUACUGCUCCUGGGCCUCUAUUUCACAUUGAGGGCAUCGCGAUCGCUGCACUCGUUGCAGCAACAGCAUCAACUGCAUUUGCAGCACCAGCAACGUUUCUCACAGUUGCGUAAACGCUUUGUCAUCUUCUCAUUGUUGUUUUUCAUACCAACGGCAGCUGGCCUCAUGCUCGGUGCCUUCUACAGAGAUCUCGGUGGUGCGCCACCCACCAUAGUGCCCAGCUGUUCCACGCUGGAGGACUGCUCGCCACCCGAUAAGUUGAGUGCCUGGCCCAGUCUGAUGAGAGUGUUCUUUCAGCUCUUGGGUGGCACACUGACCGGCCUGUGGGUCUGGUCGCGCAAGACCUGCGAGAAUUAUCGCAGUCGAUUGGUUGGGGGGAAUCCCAUCAUGAGUUCCACAACCACCAAGCAUCUGCAUGUCAAGAAUAUGCAUAUAACAAAUUCUCCUCUAUAUGCUGGCAUUAGUUUUCACAAUGUGCCCGUCUAUAAUCCCCAUCAAUCUAGAGUAUAAGUUAGACUUACAUAUCUAGUAGGCGAAACGUUGUACGUUCAGUCAUCCAAUUUUGUAUAUACCUACAUACAUACAUACAUACAUGCAUAAAAUAUAAAUAUAUCAAAUAAUUUAUAAUUAAUUUGUUGUACAUAAGCAUUUGAACCCCGUAUAAUGGCUUUAAGUCGUAUGUAUUUUAAUCAAGAAAUGAUAUGUGUUAAUAGCUUUAAAUUUAAUCCUCAUCCCGCACUCGAUCCCUCUUUUAAUUAUUGCUUAAGUUUAUUCAAUAAGUGUAAAUAGGAAUAAAAUAAAUUUGAAUGAGAAACUUGAAAAGAAUCUUACUUACAUAUUCUUAA